GUCAUUAUUGCGGCAGUAUAACACUCGCCUCCAGUUCUCCACGACGAACGAUCGAGUUUUCGCGGGACAGCGGGCCGGACCGUAGAUCGCGAGACACCGGGACCACGGCCUUCGCGUGUCCGACGGCUUGUCAAGGAAAGAAGCCGCGUGGCCGCCACGGGAAAACGCCUGCCGCGCUCCCGCACACCGUACACCGCGACACGCGCGUAUAUACGAUGCGACCGUUCUCGUUCAAUCACGAAAAUGUGACGUGAGACCGCGGGCGGACAGAGAGAGAGAGAGAGAGAGAGAGAGAGAGAGAGAGAGAGCGAGAGAGAGCAUCGUGGCCAAGAGAACGUGACAGCCGCCGCAGACGGUCGCACAGUGUUCGCGCGAUACGCCGCCGAAAAUGACAGUGGGAACCAGCGAUAUUCACGCGUACGCCAGUGCGCUUGUGUCGGUACUGUGCCUGGCCCUGGUGGCGCUCCGUGUCGGCGAGGUCACCGGCCAAUUAGUGGACACCGAGUUCCAGCCGACGGUCACGGCAACAUGCAAAGCCGGCCACAUGACGAUACGAGUGAACCUGAAUCAGAGUUUCGUCGGCGCAGUGCACGCUCGAGAUUUUCGGACGCCGCAGUGCAUGGCGCCUGGAAACGGCACGAACCACGCCACCCUCGCUAUUAAUCUUCUAGCACCCAAAGGAUCCCCGGAUUACUGCGGCGUCUUGGUGAAUAACGACAACGAGGAGCGCUCGAUCCCCAUCGCGGUGCGGAUCCAUAAGACCCUGGAGCUGGCGGACGAUAAAUUCUACGUUAUUACGUGCGGAAAGGCGGGAUUCAAAAACGCGAAGAACGAGACUUCGUUAGUGUCGCUGCGGCUUUUGGACGGGGGGCACAAAGUGCAGGAGGCUAUUUAUGGUCACAACUACACUUUGCGUGCGGAGAUCUCGCGGCCAGAUGGUAUGUACGGGAUCAAGGUGAAGUCCUGCUUCGCGUUCAACAAACGGAACAACAGCGUACAGCUGAUCGACGACAAGGGGUGUCCCGUGAAGGCUCGGGUGAUGACGAAAUUCAUCUACGAUCGGAACACGGGUCUGGCGGAUGCGACAUUGUUCUCGAUGUUCCGGUUUCCUGACAGCCCGCAAGUGCAUUUCCAAUGCGACAUCGCUGUGUGCCGAGGAAGCUGCGGUAUCCCUAUUUGCGAAGGCGAUAACGAGGAAGAAAUAAAGGGAGCGUCUUUAAUUAAUGGGCAGAGCGUGAGCGGCGAGGAAGGAGUGCUUCUUGCGGGCACGAGCGUGUUCGUUCUUGACCCUGGUCAAACGCCAUCUGUACAAACUCUGUACGAGGACGGCAGCGUCCACCCAUUAUGGCUGCUAUGGCUGGCCGUAGCUCUUGGCAUUCUGUUCCUCAUUAUGCUCAUUAUCAACAUAUUCCUCUGCUCCGCGAUGACCUGCAGUUGCACCAGGACCGACAUCAUCGAGAAAGAACCAUCGAUCAUCGAAGAUUACGAUCCCUAUCGCAGCUGGCACGGCUCCCAAUAUGGCUCGAGGUACUCCCUGAACGGGAAGCAAGGCUACGCUUCCGGAGGAUCGACGAUGAACUCGACGAGGUCGAUAUCGACGAACAGCGACCACUACGCCAUAGUUCACUCGCGGCCGGGAAGCAGAUACUCCGGGCCGGGUCAGAAGCAUCACCACCAUCACAGAGGGCCGCCGUCGAACAUCGGGUCCCAUUAUUCCGGCAAAUAAAGCGCCGGGUACCCUAACGAAAAUCAUUCGACGACCGAUCAGAAGAAUUCGAUUGAACGAUCUGAAAUAGCAAUUCGCCGUUUUAACAGCGCUUGUAACGGGCGUCGAGGCACGAACUCGCUGUUGUUCGAACGUGAACCGUGGACCGAUCACGAGCCACCGAACGAUUUGCUUAACGAACAACGGUGCACGGUGGCUGCUUCUCGCAAACAGCUGGCCGAAAUGCAACUUUCGUUAUUGUUAAUAUUAAUUUUAAUUGCGACGAUCAUUGAUUUCUACGAGAAAUAUUGUUUAGACAUAGGCUCGAACAUGAUCAAAAUAAGCGGCCUCGAAUCGACGAGAAUAAAGAUAUCCAUGAAAAUUGUA